AUGACAAAGGCGAUUUUUAGAAAGGUCUGCCGAUCUGAAGUGGAAGAAAACGAGUGCUUGAAGAAGCGAAGUGCCAAGCCUCAUACGAGUUCGGCUUGGCUUCGAACUUCAACCUGGCAACUGGAUGAGGUCGACAAGAAAGGACUUCUGAGGCGAUUGGCAGGUCCGAGGCAAAGGAAACAAGGCGAUGCAACGGCCGUAGGUUGCAUGGCAAACUGGAUAGGCAGUUGGGAGAAAAAAAAAGAAGAAGGAAGAAGUCGGCGGCGUCUUCUUCUCUCCGCUCUCUUCGUCGGUCUUGAGAAGAAAGGAAAAGCGCGCAGGUGGUGGCCGUCUGUGAUGAUAGGCGGCCCAAUCGAAAUUGGCCCGAACCGACGGCUAAAACAACUUUUUGCCCGACGGCAGUCUUGAGAGGAGAAACAGAUUAGCCGUCGACGGUGAUCUUGGUCAAAGAUAUUGGCAAAGGUUCGACGACGUAAUUAGAUGUCGGAAGGGCUUUGGAAUCAAGCCGACGCUGUUGCUGACCUGCAGGUAAUUUUUAUCUAAAGCUUCAGAACUUUCCGAAAAUCUUACAGAACGCUUUUCGAUAGUAUUAGAUGAUAUUUUCAAAGUUCUUAACCGUCACAGCUUUCUCAUUUUCGUGAAAAGGUUUUUGGAUAUCUUUCUCAAAAACUAGGAGUUCUUGCUCAUGGAGACUUCCAGCAGGUUGAUUUACAUUGUAGAAAGAUUUGUUGGACACUCGAAUUCAUGUAUAAUAACACUCUUUCUUAAUGUUAUUCUGGUUAUAAGGAUUCAAGCGGGCUUAAUGCCACUUCACUUCAUCUUAUGACCUUUUUUGUAGAGGGAAAAGCCAGCCUUUUUUAUAAGUCCAAGGUAAGCUCAAUAUUGAAGCUUGAGAGCAAACAAUCAAGUUUCAUUUCUUAUUUAAUUAGAAGAGUUGUGCAAAGGUUAAUGGCUUCCCAUAGGAAAAGGCGGCGUAGAAUGAUUUUUUUUUCCUUUUUUUAAAUGGUUGGAUUACUCAAAAAAAAAAAUUUAAGUUAAUGGUUAAAAAGAUCUUAAUUAGAAGUUAGAACGCUUUCUGAAGGCUGAAAAUAAGAGCUGAAGAUACACUGUAGCUUUUAUCCACGGCAACUUAUAUGUUUAGGUUAAUAAUAUUUUAUUCACUACCAUUAACAGAAUCUAACAGAAAAUAUUUCUAAAAAAAAAGUGAUGUCUGAACAAUUUUUUUACGGUUGAACUUUUCAGAAAAAAAAAAGCUUCAAAUACAUUUGACUCAAGUUUUCGGACUUCUCGUAGACUUCAAACGAAUUAUUCAGUAAAACGAAAAAAUAAGCCGAAAUCUGAACAUGUUUUGUAGAAACGGGAGAACUUUCAACAAGAACGAGUCGAGAAGAAACUUGGUGGGAGCAAGUCAGUCGGAAUAAAAAAAACGCGGCGAAAACCAGAAGCGUCGAGAUUUGGACCCUUUUUAGGAGCCCUUUGGCACCAUUUGAGACACGAUGCUAAUCUCGACGCGAACCGGCCGACGAUGGGCGGAACCUCGACUGCAGCCAAAGCUCCCGAGGCGAUGGAGGCGGAUUUCGUGGGCGGCUGGGUCACACGCCCACUUGCUCCGGCCCAGCUUCGGUUAAGUCCUGAGUUAAGUCCUAGGUUCCCGCUCUUACUUCUUUGUACUCCCGUUUAG